AAACUUUUCACGUCACAUAAGAAAAUGGCGUCUAGAGGCUAAAAGUUUGCACUUCAUGAAACACGAUCUCAAAGUCACUUAAAUGGAAGUUGCCAUUGUAUCUCUGAAUGAACAGGAUACUUGCUGUUCUUAAUCUUUUUUUACCAUCACUCUCAAUUCUGGUGUUCGUGUAUAUUGAUACUUUCCAGCACGUAACGGAAUGUGCCCCAAUGGGUAGAUUUAAGUCGAGCCAUGGGUAAACUCAUUGCCGACAAGAGCUAGACGACGUCUCGCACACUAUGCCAGUAUCCCAGGCGGCCAGUCGCUAUACGGGGCUGUCCACCACCUUCACCACCUCGUAUGGCUCUGGCACACCUUCCAUCCCCCGUGCCUCCUCAGCCAACAGGACAGCCUAUCUGGAUAGCUACCCAGCUGGGUCCUCGUAUCGCAGUGGCCGCCCACUUCCGGCUGGGCCAGGGCCUCUAGAUGCAACAGGACGUAAGCUGACCAACUACACUGGCUCCUCAACUCUCAACUCUACCGUCAGAAGGAAUCGAACCCCAAAUGGCAUCACAAUGCAUCCUGGCCCCUUGCGGGCAGACCACAACUCGUCUUUCGCAGCUACCUCAAACAGGUAUAUUUCUGAGACUAAAGGAGCGUACGGGACCCCCACCCGACCAGCCAACCGCACAACCAAAACCACUUCCUACUUCGGUGGCGAUGAAAUUGGCAGCCGUCCACUCAGUGGCACUAGUCAACCCCGCAAGUCAAACAGCCUCGUGGACCUCACAGAUCUGAGGAUCGGUAGCGCCUCGGGUCGUAACCGUGGCAGCAGUGUGCACAAUGAGAGGAACUACUCCCCAGCCGGAGGACAUUACUCCAACACGUCCUCGAGGAACAGCAUGUACAGAGACAACAACAACAACGAUGAUAUUUUUAGCCUUGCGUCCGCUGGUCUGGACGGAGACCGGCCCGACGGAACCUCUCGCCAUGGCUACACGCCCAGUGUCGCUCGGGACGGUAGCCCCACCACUAGGCGGAUGAUGGUCGGUGGCGACCGGACCAGCUCUCCUUCAAAGUCUUCCUCUUCUAACCACAGUUCUAGUGCCUCAAUGUCGAACAUGUCCCCCUACUCCUCCAGCAGUCGUAGCUACCCCAGUACCUCCUCCUACAGCUCUGGUGCAUCCCGCCAUCGUGAUGGGGGCAAGAUAGGCCUUAAAAACCUGGGCAACACCUGUUUCAUGAACAGUGUCCUCCAGUGCCUGAGCAACACGCGUCUGCUGGCUGAGUGGGUGGUGGAGGAGCAGUACACCAGUGACAUCAACACCACCACCAGCAAUAUGAAAGGGGCGCUCAUCAAAGACAACAGGACAGCCAGGAGUUUUUGCGCUAUCUACUGGAGGGCCUCCAUGAGGACGUGAACCGGGUCACCAAGAAACCUGUGCCGAUUAUUCUCGACGAUGAUCAGCUGGAGAAGAAAAAUGAUAACGGCAAAGCUCAAGACUAUUGGAAGGCUUAUCUGAAUCGAGACAACAGCUUGAUAGUGGACAUUUUUGUUGGUCAGCUGAUGAGUGAGCUCAAGUUUUCUUCCUGCAAUCACCGCUCUGUGACCUUUGACCCAUUCUGGGACCUAUCAUUGCCUAUCCCCAAGGUGGGCAGGCAGGUGAGCUUGGACGACUGUCUGAGGCUGUUCAUGAAGGAAGAGGAGCUCGCUGCGGAGGAGAGGCCUAUGUGUGCCAAGUGCAAAAUUCGACGUUCCUGUACCAAGAGUUUCUCCAUUCAGAGGUUUCCCAAGAUCCUUGUGCUGCACUUGAAGCGGUUCAGUCAGGAGAGGUACGGCCGCAAGCUGACCUCAGUUGUGGACUUUCCCGUCACUCAACUUGACCUCACGGACUACUCGGCGGAGGGAGGGUCCGGGGGUCGUCGGAUACUGUACGACCUCUAUGCUGUGUCCAACCACUCUGGCGGGACGGGCUCGGGUCACUACACCGCAUACUGUAAAAACCCUUACUCCAACGAGUGGUACUACUUCAAUGAUUCGAGAGUGUCUAAGGUCAGUUCCAACCAGGUGGUGUCUGCUGAGGCCUAUGUUCUCUUCUACGAGCUGUCUGGGGGUUCCGUGCGAGGCCUCUAGGGGACUGCCUGGCAGACACAACCGUCGUAGCCAGCAGCGGUCUAUUGUUGUAGUGGUGAGAACAUUGUAGCUGUGUGGAUGUGUCUCAUUAUCUCCCGCGCUGAACCAAAGUAUUACGGAUGAAAGGCAAGGUUACUCCCAGUGGGGUCUACCAAACGAGUUGUCCUGCCUGCCAAGAAGAAGUUUGAGGAACACGGAUUUGAAUGCAGUUUCAUCAGCUUGAUACUUUGUUCACUUCAUCGUCAUAGACGUGCAUCCCCCCUCCCCCCCACCCCACCCCACCUCACCCCUACCCAAAGUGCUCAUGAUGUUUGUUUUUUUGUAUGCUUGUGGUAAAGCAUGUGUUUCUAACAUGACCCUCUUAAAACAGUUUUGCCAUAGUUGCAUUUCCAUAAUUUCUGCCUCCCUAAAGAGAUCGUUCUGGCUGCUUGGCUGAGAAUUUUUCUCUCCCAGUCUGCACUAUAAGAGUUCUCAUUUAUUGCCGUGAUUCUGUUACUAAUAACACAAAGAGUGCUAAAGCAGCUACUUUUAUCAAAGUAAAAGGCAUUUAAAUCAUGCACAUGUGAAAUGAAUUUGUUCUUCUUUAUUCUGGUAUUUCAUUAAAGGACGGUGAGCUCUGAAUCUUCAGCUCAGCAGCAUCGCCCUGUUUCAUCCUGUGUGUUAGGUAGGCCUAGUUGGUUGGCUCUAUUGAGAGGUUCAGUGUGACUUGUCACUGGCCUGAAGGGGGAGGGAGAGAAAAUUUUUCACAAUCUGGUCUCUUUUGUGGCUGCUCCAACCUACACUUUGAGAGUCCACGAUAGAGUUUCUCUUUGGAUCCUUCACUGGACUUGUAGUUUUGAGUAAUAUCUUCUCUUUUUCCUCUUGAGUGGGUUUCAAUUUGACAUUGAAAUUAUGGAAUUUGAAAAGUAAGUGUGUACCGAAAUUGCUUGCAGUUGUUUGGGGAUCAAAUAACUAGAAAGAAAAGGAGGAAAAGAGGUCCCAAUAGCGCUCACAGAGUAAGUAGUGCAUUAUGUGGCUUAUCUACCGGAGUGAGACUUGGGGUGAGCUUUGGUUUAUAUAGAGGAGACCUGAUAUAGAAAGUCCAUAGUACUUCAUCACCUUGUUCAUAAGUAAGAGGGGUAGAGUUGGAAGUUUAAAAGUGACUCCAACAUUUUGUAUUAGAUGACAGAAUUCUGUUAUCAGAUUGGACACUUUUUUUUUUCCUUGAUGUGCCAAUAGUCAUGGUUGAAAGGCAAAUUAGAAAUUAAAUCAAAAGGUUCAAGGUGGAGUGAUAUAUACCUGUACAUCGUAUGUAAUUCACUUGAACCGCAAAUCAAUUAUGACGUGCACUCAAGCCUGGGCACUAUUGAUACAUGAGACACUUUACAGAAUGAGUGGAUUAAUUGUCCACUCCAUUUUUGGGGUUGUCAUUACAAGAAGUAACCACUUAAGUGUCAAUGUGCUUCUUGUGUACUCUUUAUAUGAACAAAGUCAAAAAGGAAGGGAAAGAACUCGUAGCACAUAAGGUGUAUGGGUUUACAAUAAUCAAAUCAGGGUUAAAGUGUUUACAGUUUUGUAUGAUCAUCUCUUACUUAGCAAGGUGUUAUAUACAGUAUGACACGGAUGGCUCAGAUUUGUCAGGAGUGGGCUCGGUAGUUCGAGGGAUCCCUAGUAGUUGAGGGAUAUAUUCCAAACGUAAAGAAAAAGAAAAAAAGGGGACGGCAGGCACAUUUCGACCUGUCCGUGUUGUACUGUAUUGUCCUUUGUCCCCACCGAAGCAAGAAAGGAAUACGUUUUAUAUUUACCUUGAUUGCAAUGUGUUGCGUAUGUGGAGAAAUCAUGACAAAGUGUGAGUGAAGGGAAGUAAUUUGAAUAUUCAGUGCUUUGGUUAUCUGAUCUUGAUAAGAAAGGUAGGAGUGUUCUCAGUGCACCUUUUGGAACCUGUGGAUGUUGAACAGUAUUACCAUUAUUGCAUUACAUUGUGUCUGUUUAAGAUUGGGAUUUUUUUUCUUACUUUUGCACACAUAUAUGUUUUUGGCAUGAGAGUGGUUUUACGCUUUUAUCUUGGUGAAUAUUUUUCUGUUACGUGGUAGGUGAUUCACUACAUAAUAUUGGCUGGACUGAAGUAUGUGUUGUUGCAGUGAACCUAUUUCAAACAUGCGUGUCUUGUAUGUUCAAAAUUAGAGAGUAGACUGACCACACUUGUCAAUUGUAAAUGGUAUGCAGCACAACUGAUCCAUAUGAAAACGAAGAGUUAUUUUUACCCCCUUCGCUUUUAUGGAGAAGCUCAGUUUAAAGUGGCAUGUAUAUACUUCAAUAACUUACAAUGUCACUCCAGGCAAAGCAGCUGAAGGUCAGUUUAAGUACACAGCUACCUCGAUAGUCACAGCAGCAGAGCAUGCUGCUUUUGAGUCUGUGGUACCAUGUUAUACCAUGUCAAAAAGUGGACAAAUGGAAAUGUAUGCCAUUCCCUGUCAUUUUUGAUAUUUUCCAGAAUAUGGGUGCAUAGAAAUAAUGAGAAAUGCUUGCGCAGUCUAACCUGGUAUCUUAAGUCUUUGUGUGUGAGGUACUUGACCGAAAUUUUCUGUCAGUCAUGCAAACUUUGCCCGCUCUAAAGUCAUUGGUUUGUGUCUGAGGCCUUCAGCAUCUUGCUGGCCUACGCCGUCGGCUGAGAGCAAGAGGCUGCUUUGUCAGAAUCCCUUACAGCAGCAAAAAUGAAAUUUUAUGGUGGGUAUAAAUCGCUAGAAUCGAAUGCUCGGGAAGGGACACAUGGAACUAGAAAUUGUAACAGUGGCAAAAACUGUGCUGGAGUGGAGUGGUAUGAUAUUUGCGGACACGAUACUACGUCAUUUGAAUACACCAUAGUUUGUUUUUUUUUGUGUGUGUGUUUUGAGAGAAAAAUGGACAAAAUCACUUUUGUCUGUUGGCUGACGUCAUGAUCUGACAGCUCCUCUCGCUCCCGCUGAACAAACGUUGAGAGGCGGUGACUCGCUCAUAAUUCAAAACGGGCGGGCAGAGAAAGAGGAUGUGAUGGGAGUGGCGAAAUGUUUGUCGUGGGUCAUCCCUCUGUACAUAUAUAGAACUUUUUUGUUGUUGUGUUUGUUAACUUUUUACACAUGGACUUGGAGGGUUUGUAUAUAGCAACGGCCCCUGCACGCUCUUGGCUUGCUCCUGGGAAGUUCUAUAUUCGAACUACAAUGGCCAUUUUGGAGCCUGUACUUAAUGAGCUGGUUUUUAUCCCUUCUGCUUUUUAUACAUACUCAAACAGAUGAUGAUGAUGAAAACAUUUUCUUAACCGGAAUAAUAAUUUGAUACGUUUUUCGCUGUUGGAUGGUCGUGAGAUUUUGCAGCAGUGAGGACUGAUGCCUGUGGUGAUCCCUGUUUGCUUAUAGUGAAACUGUGAGGGCAGAUGUGUUUAUUGAAGAGUUUAUUUAGGUGUUGAAGUGAGUUUGUGUGUUUGAUUGAG